AUCUGUUAAGGGUAGGAGAGGGUGGUGGUAUUGAAUGGAAGCUUUCUGAUCAGCUGACAGAACAUGGGAUGUCCCCCUGCUGUCAUCUGACGGGGGCUGGACUCAGCACUCUUAAAGGUCAGGCCCCCAAUAGUUACAGACAACUGACUGUACAAAUGACAGAGACGCAGGACUUGCAGCUACAAGCUACAGCCUUUGCUGCCUGAUAUGUGAUUCCUCUUUAGGUUGAACUGCAAUUUAAGACAACUGUAGGAUAAAAGAAGCUUUUAUCUCAAGAAACAUUAAGACUGUGUUAUUCUGGAAGUAUGUUGCAUUGUGUGAAGACGGAGUGAAACAGAUGUUCCUGUCCUGAAUUUACUCAGUGGGAAGAAGGAGGGCAGUGAGAGGGGCGGGGAGAUGCGCAGCCUUAGCCAAUCAGUAGUCUUUCCUUCAGCGACUGGCCUCCUUUUACAGGCUGCUGACACGCGUGCUAUAUUAAAGAGACGCCACCCACAGCUGCACCUGACAAUUCACAGCACCGACACCGCUGAGAGGGAGAAAGGCACUCCAGUUCGUCCCCGUUGUUACUUGCAUCACUUUCAAGAGGGACGGAUCUCUGCUGAGACUCCGUGGAUUUUUACAGCUUUUGUACUCGUGUCUUUUCAAACCAAUGUAUGAGCACUUUUCUCUUUGCUCAGUUUUUUUUUUUUUUGCCUGGGUAUACCUUCUUAGCGUCUGACUUACUGUGGUUGUCGUUUUCUGCUUGGAGCUAAGUGAGCUGCAUCCAAAAAAAAACAAAAAACAAAUGUCCAGAUUUUCUCCUGAAGAUUAACAAGAAGUCAGACAACAACCAUCACAUACAUCCAUCCCUCAUCCACUUACUGAAAGCAGACAGUUUCUAGAGGACCAUCUCUUUCUUAAAAGACAACUUACAGUUGGAUAUACUUUUCAGUCUAAUUCCUGCACAACUUUCUUCAUCGGGCAAAUGGAGUGACUCUCACUUGGUGCAGCUCUGAGCCACUGUUGUGCUCCUUUCGUGAUGCAGAUGGUCAUGGUCACAUUUACUUUUGAGCCCACAACCCACUGCGUUUCAUGAAGAGGUUUGGCAGCCUGAGGAGGAGCAAGAAGCGGAAGGAGCAGGAUGGGCUAGGAGGGAGGCAUCAGUCCGAGGCGUCAUGUCUGGCCGCCUCUGGACUCUCCACGCCGCCCACCACCCCGACCCAGGCGUCCAGCCAACCUGUGUUAACCCAGGAGUCCCAGCAGAGCGGCCCCAGCCCUGAACGCCUGGAGUCCAUCUCUCGCACCCGCUCCCUCUCCACACCUCCAGACACAGGACAGCGCCUCAGCCUUCCCUCUGCUAAACCCCCGAUCCCUUCAUCGAGCCCUGUGCCAUCUUACUCUACCUCACAACAAGUCUACGGUUUAUUCGAAGGCAUGCUGGAGAAACUUGAACUAGAUGAUGAUGCUGCUGAACCUGAGAGUGAUAUUUACAUGCGCUUUAUGAAAUCCCACAAGUGCUACGAUAUCGUUCCCACAAGCUCCAAGUUGGUUGUGUUCGACACGGCGCUCCAAGUUAAAAAAGCGUUUUUCGCCUUGGUGGCCAACGGUGUGCGAGCUGCUCCGCUAUGGGACACAGAGAAGCAAAGCUUUGUGGGAAUGCUGACAAUCACAGAUUUCAUCAUCAUACUACACAGAUACUAUAAGUCACCAAUGGUGCAAAUUUAUGAAUUAGAGGAGCAUAAGCUUGAGACGUGGAGAGAAGUUUACCUUCAAGCCACAUUCAAACCUCUGGUUAACAUAUCACCGGAUGCAAGCCUGUUUGAUGCAGUGUACACCCUCAUCAAAAACAAAAUUCACCGCCUGCCUGUCAUCGACCCUGUCACAGGGAAUGCACUUUAUAUUCUCACACACAAGAGGAUCCUCAAGUUCCUCCAGCUGUUUGUGUGUGAAAUGCCAAAGCCAGCUUUCAUGAAGCAGACUCUCGGUGAGCUGGGGAUUGGUACGUACCAUGAGAUCGCUUUCAUCCACCCAGACACACCCAUCAUCAAAGCACUCAACAUCUUUGUGGAGAGACGAGUGUCUGCUUUGCCGGUGGUGGAUGAUUCAGGCAAAGUUGUGGAUAUUUACUCCAAGUUUGAUGUGAUUAACUUGGCCGCUGAGAAGACGUACAACAAUCUCGACAUCACAGUGACCCAGGCUCUGAAACAUCGCUCUCAGUACUUCGAAGGGGUCGUGAAGUGCCACAAAAUGGAAACGAUGGAGACUAUUGUGGACAGAAUAGUCAAAGCUGAAGUACAUCGGCUGGUGGUGGUGGACGAGCGCUCCAGUAUCGAGGGCAUUGUUUCCCUGUCAGACAUCCUCCAGGCUCUGGUGCUCAGCCCUGCAGAUGCCUGUAAGGAGGAGAACCUGAUUGAAUGAGUUGGGAGUGCAUCAGCUUGAGCGGAGACGUGGUGGGAGUAAACAAAUUGAAAGGUUAAAGUCGGGAGUGUGUGAGGCUGAGUGGAGCCGGUCUGGAGUUCCCAGAGACGCCUGCACCUGAUGCACUAUAAAGGCUUGGAAUCCAAAGAGCUGAGUGAAGUGGAGUUCUGCACUGAGGAUUACAAUUUUUUAUUAUUUUUAUUUUUGGGGUUCAUUUUGUUUGUUUGAACACUGAUCAGAUGCACACACGUCAUUACAGUUACCGUGUAAAGUAUAUAGACACACACUUUCUCUCUCACACUUACAGACAAACGCACCACAGUCCCUCAAGGUGGAAAAGUCGAGUCGGGUUCUAAUGAAUUCAGGCUCCAGUGUUUUUGUUUAGUUACCAGUCAGAUGAUGUAAGUCACGUAUUGUGGUUGACACCGAAUGUCGUCACCUCGCAGGAGAACUUCUCCGUGGAAAGGUGAACGUUCACAGAUGCACCUGGGUUUGGUGGCCGAACUACACGUCGGCUACAGGGAGGCUGUUUAAAGACGGUUCAUUAAAAAAACGGAAUGUUAGCCGGUGCCAACAUGGAGCCCAAACUUUAUUUGUGCCUUUUUUUUUUUUGUUUUACCAUCUCCACAUGGGUUUUGUGUCCUUUGAAUUUGUGUUGACAAGCGAGUGCAAUGAUUUGGGAUUGUAUAGAAGGUGGAUGUGUAACAUUGAAGUGGAAGAUUUUCUACUGCGAAGAUUGUUCAUGUAUUUGGUUGCAUUUUUUUUUUGUGACUAAAAUUUAAUUUCAGUUAAAUCAAACUAAAUCAUUUUGGCAGUUCUCAGACGAAAACAUAACUGUACAUUAACGAGGAUUCAGCCGAGAGCUGCGAGCGACUGCUUCUCGCUCGUCACUUCGUGAGUCUAAAGAUGCUAAGAAUAAUUUUUUUUUUUACAUUUAUUUUCGGCGGUUUUGAUGCUUCAGAUAAUCCGUCGCUUGGUUAUCUCAGCUGGAGCGCGACAGAACUCAUCUCCAUCUUUGACUGUAAAUAGGAUAGUUUUUGGGAAACGUGUCACAGAAAGCUUUAUUUUUAUGAAUGUGUCAACAUGUUUAAAGAGACUGCAGUUUUAAUGUUAUUUUUGUAAAUAUAUUGUGGCGAUAUGUCUAGUUGAGAGAACCUUUGUAUCAGAUCAACAUGUACUGUAAAUGUGCAAGCAUGAGAAAACUACACUUCAGCAGUAUGAAUGUUAUUUGUUUUACUUUUUCUAUUUUUCUGGCUGCAGAAAAAUAAACGGACACUGAAUGUACUUUAA